GCACCCAUGGGUGCUCCCUGCCGCGCUCAAUCCGGCCGCGAGCGCCCAACGGGUCAACUGCCGGCUGGGUGCUGCGUGCCACGAUGGGGACGGUCGUGAAGUUACUGGUGGGGGUCGCACUGGUCUUACUGGGACCCUCCCCCGACCCCCCGACCGCACCUCACCGCGUCCACGCCGUCGCGCGGAACCGACCGCCCUCCCACCUCCCCGCCGACUCCCCGCCUUUCCGGAUCACCCCCAAACUCAACGCCCUACGCGUCUCAUCCUCCCACCUCGACGUCACCGCGCCCGACCGCGCUGUCAAGCGACCUCCGCCUCUCUGGGGCCGUCGAUUCGUCGUGGCGCGCCUGGGCGCCGAGCGAAACCGCGUCGCCGUCGCCUACGUCCUCGCCGCGAGGGCCACCCGCCUCCGUUACGUCACCUCCGCCGGCGCCGCGUGGGCGACCGUGCGCGCCGGCGACGUCUUACCCGUGGCUUUGCCGCCGGCGCACGCCGCCGCCGUGUUCGCCGCCUCCGACGUCGCCGUCUACUACUUCCACGCCGGCGCGUCGCCUUUCAUGGCGGCCGUGGCGCCCCUGGGAAAAUUUUGCCGUUCUUACCUCAUCCGCGUCCGUCCCGGUGCGACCGUCGUGUUGGUGACGACGGACAUCGCGGCGGACGUCGCGGUAGACGGGCGACCGUUGGGCGGCGGCGGUUGGCGGCGGUUGCCCGGCGGUGAAUUUUGGUGGCGGGAGGUGGCGAUGGGCGACGCCGGCGGUUACCGACGGUUGCGACGAGCCGACGGCACCUUCGCGGUGUUGAGCUACGGCGUCGGAUGGGGCGACGGCGACGCCGGGAGCCGGGCGGUGUGCGAGUGCGACAACCCCGACCCGUGCCGCGGAUUCUUCUGCCGCCCCGGCGAGCGUCGUCGCGUCUCCUCGUGCCGCCCCCGCUGCGAUGCCGUGGCCGACGCCACGUGCCGGCUGCGAGCCGGCGUUCGCACUUUUCGCGGCGUCGCCUUCGCCUUACCCGGCCCGCGUCGUUACGUCGUCACCCGGAUCUGUAAUCCCGACCCUUCCCUCCCCGAUUUCAGCGUGGAGGCCACGGUGCUCGCCGCCGGCGUCGCCUCCCUCUUCGUCCGCGUCUACGACGUCACCGUGGCCGCCGUGCGGGGCGAGGAGGGGUUGGUCCAGGUGAACAACCGGAGCUUCUCGCUGCCGGUGGCGUUGCACGGGGCUCGUGUCCUAGCGGCGCGGCGCGGCGCCGCGCUGCUGCUCGAGACCGACUUCUCCUUACGCGUGUCCUACGACUGGCGAGGUGCCGUCAACGUCACCGUCCCCGGCGCCUUCGCCGAUGACCUCUGCGGCGUCUGCGGCGACGCCGGCGGCGAUUUUGCCUCUUCCGACGGCACCGAAAGCGACCGCGAGCUUUUGGGCAGGGGGAAACUUUUUGGGGUGUGCCGGGGGGUGUUGGAUCCUUGGGGGUACCUGGAGGCUUGCACGGGGGAACCGUGCAACAACGAAAGCGUUUGCCGGGCCUUGGAGAAGUACGCGGCGGCGUGCAAGGAGAGGGGCGUGCAACUGCCCGACUGGCGGAAGGAGGAGGGGUGCGCCCCGCGCUGCCCGGAAAACAGCCGCUACAACCCCUGCGGCUGCCCCCGGACUUGCACCCACCUCGACGGCCCCGAAAAUUGCUCGACGCCCUGCCAGGAGACCUGCGAGUGCGUCCAGGGCUUCGCGCUCCUCAACGGCAGCUGCGCGGCAGCGGCGGUGGCUUGCGGUUGCCACCACGCCGGCCACCGUUACGCCCCCGGGGAACAAUUCUGGGAGGGCGACGGUUGCACCCGCAGUUGCGUCUGCGACCCUGAGGUGCAGCGGGUUCGGUGCAAGAAGGACGGAUGCCGUAGGGGCCAGCGGUGCGCGGUGGAGAAGGGGGUCACCGGGUGUUACCCCGAGAGCUACCGGACGUGCAGCUCCGGGAGGGACAAGAAUUAUGUCACCUACGAUGGGCAGCGCUAUAAUUUUGCAGGCAGCUGCCUGUACGAGUUCACCAGGGUGUGCGAGGCGAGCAAGGGGCUGGUGGGCUUCCAGGUGUUGGUGCAGAACAAGGGGCAGGGGCUGUAUGGCAGCACCUUCACCCGCUCGGUCCAGGUCAUCGUCUAUGGGUACAACGUUACCUUCAGCCACAACUUCCGGGGGAAGGUCAUGGUUGAUGGUCUGUUGGUCAACCUACCCCACAUCCUACCUGAGGGCAAGAUCUUCAUUGUCCGCCGGGGUUGGGGCACCUCCUUGCGCACCGACUUCAACUUGACCGUCUCCUUUGACGGGCGGAGCCACUUGGCUGUCACUGUCCCCAGCGCCUACGCUGGGGCUCUCUGCGGCCUCUGUGGCAAUUUCGAUGGUGAUCCCCACAACGACGUCCCCGAGGUGGUGACAACGGUGGUGCCGGGUUGCAGCGGGCCAACACCGCACCGAUGCUCCAACCGGGCCAUCAUCAACCACAAGCAGCGGGCCAGCGAGGAGGACUGUGGGCUCAUCCUGUGGUCUAAGGGGCCAUUCCGGUCUUGUCACUCCCGGGUUGACCCCGAGAGCUAUUUCCAGGCUUGCAUCACCGAUUACUGCAUCUUCCGAGGACACAAGGCCAUCAUCUGCCAAGCGGUGAUGGGCUACGCCGCUGCCUGCCAGGAGGCUGGGGUUGUCCUCGAGCCCUGGCGCUCCAAAACCUUCUGUGCGCCCUUCUGCCCUCCGCACUCGCACUACGAGCUCCACGGCACCGCUUGCCCCGCCACGUGCGGCCACCCCAACUGCUCGGAGACCUGCAACCUACCGAGGACCGAGGGGUGUUUCUGCGAUGAGGGCUUCGUCCUCAGCGGCGAGCGUUGCGUCCCACCACCCGACUGCGGUUGUCACCACCAGGGACGUUACUACCAACGAGGAGAGGAGUUCUACCCCGAGGACGGGUGCGCCGAGCGCUGCCGUUGUACGGCGAACGGGACAGUGACGUGUUGGGCAGCCCCGUGUUCCUCAGGAGAAGAGUGUCGGGUGGAGAGAGGCGUACGGGGUUGUCACGGCGGACAGCGUGGUCGUUGCGUCCUCUUGAGUUCCCGGCGCUUGGUCACCUUCGACGGGUUGAAUUUCACCCUCGGUGGCUCUUGCCGCUACGUCCUGGCCAAGGUUUGCCAAGGGGAUGGACACGAGUUGGAGGUGACGCUGGAAAAUGGUGGAGGUGUCGCCGUGGCGGUCGGGAGCUCCCGGAUCACCAUGCAGAGCGGGAGCUCGUGGAGAGUUGAUGUGGACGGGGAGACUCGCACCUUACCACUAUCGCUGGACGAUGGGAAGACCUGGGUGACUCAAGAAGGAAACAACAUUGUCCUUCAAAUGGCCUUGGGCCACCGGCUUGUCUACGCCGCCACCGCCAUCCUCUUGGUCACCGUCCCCAGCACCUACGCGGGGCGGAUGUCCGGCCUCUGCGGUGACUUUGACGGCAACAGUGACAACGAUUUCAUGGGACCCAACGGCACCCGGGUCAAAGGGACCCAGGAGCUGGUGGUGGCCUGGAAGGUGCCAGAUGAAUCCAUAACCUGCUCAGACAUCUGUGAAAUGUGUGUUGUCCACCCACCGGAUGCCACCAGGCCUUACCAUGCAGAGAACUCAUGUGGGAUGAUGGUGGUGACAUCAGGACCUUUCAGCAGCUGCCACGUGCAGGUUGGCCCUGAGGACUUCUUCGAGCACUGCCUCCAGGAGAUGGUCCUCACCGCCGGGGCCAUGGACACCCUGUGCCGGAGUCUGCAAGCCUACACCGCGGCCUGCCAGGAGGCUGGAGCUACGGUGAAGGUCUGGAGGACAAAGAGCUUCUGUCCCCUCCCCUGCGGUGAGCACAGCUUCUACACCCUGUGCGCCCGUUCCUGCGAGGGCAGCUGCGCCCGUAUCGCCCAACCCUUGCCCUGCCACGGUCCUUGCUUCGAGGGUUGCCGCUGCACCCAGGGUUUCUUCACCGAUGGUGACGGUUGCAUCUUCUCGAGCACCUGCGGUUGCUUCCAGGAUGGACGAUACACCCAGGUUCUUGAGAACUUCUUGGUGGACAACUGCAGCCGGAAUUGCACCUGCUACCUGUACGGCGCCCUAAUCUGCGACGAUGGUCACUGCUCGCCGGGGGGGGAAUGUGGGGUGCAGGGUGGUCGGAGGAUCUGCUUGCCCCCCUGAGAGUGGGGGGACCCCCCCCACCCACCACCCCUCCCCGAGAAUGGGGGAUGUCAUGGGGAGAUGCCGAUCUUUGGGGGGGCGGGGGAUAUCAUGGGGGGAC